AUGUUUCGCCUGGCAGUACUGCUCGUAUGCCUCCUGUCCCCAGGUUUGGCAUCGCCAACCAGGGGCCGGCUGUGGAGGACCGGGCAGGCUCGCAUCAUCGGCGGGACUGAAGUCAGCAUCUCCAGUUUCCCUUGGCAGGUGUCUGUAGAGUCGGCGGGAGACCACACUUGUGGAGGGUCCCUCAUCAGUCCCGACUGGGUGCUGACGUCCUCGUUGUGCCUAGAUGGCUUCAGCGGCGUUUUCGAGCAUAUACUGCAGUUCGUCUCGCUGCGUGCGGGUACAUCUACGAAGGGGAGCGGCGGUGUCGUGUUGCUCGCAGCUGAGAUGUACGAGCACCCACUGUACAUCCCCCUCACGGUUGAUUACGAUGUCGCACUCAUCAAGGUGAACGGCUCGUUCGCACUAGGUCCUAACGUGCAGGCAGUGAACCUGCCUGAGCAAGGCUACGACCCACCAGUGGGCCUGCCGGUGACGAUCACUGGCUGGGGCUACAACGUCACUGACGGCAGUAUGUCCAGUGUUCUGCAGAAGGUGUACGUCAACAUCGUGGACCGUGCCGUCUGCCAGGCGACCUACGUGAUCAGGAACGUGACCGCGCGCAUGGUGUGCGCUGGAGAACUGCUGAGGGGCUCUUGCGAUGGCGACUUUGGAGGACCGCUGGUCAGUGGCAGCACGCAGGUUGGCGUCUUAUCCUGGACGCUCUUUCCGUGCGAGCUUGGCCUCGACGUCUACGCCAACGUCGGCAGCGUCAGGUCCUGGAUCAGCGAGAUCUCAGGAGUCUGA